AUGAGCGUAGUGGGUGUCGAUUUCGGAACUCUCAAGACGGUGGUAGCUGUCGCCAGAAAUCGCGGUGUCGAUGUGAUCACCAAUGAAGUUUCUAACAGAGCUACUCCGUCCAUGGUCGGUUUCGGCCCCAAAUGCCGUUACCUCGGCGAAGCUGCCAAAACACAGGAGAUUACGAACCUCAAGAACACAGUCAGCUGCUUGAAGCGACUUGCCGGUCGAUCUUUCAACGACCCCGAUGUAAAGGUCGAGCAGCAGUUCAUCACCGCCCCCUUGGUCGACAUUAACGGGCAAGUUGGCGCCGAGGUCAGCUACCUCGGAAACACGGAAAAGUUCACCUCGACUCAACUUAUUGCCAUGUUUUUGAGCAAGAUCAAGCAGACUGCUGCGAAUGAGCUCAAGCUGCCCGUUUCAGAUAUGUGCAUGAGUGUUCCCGCAUGGUUCUCCGAUAUCCAGCGCCGGGCCCUUCUCGAUGCCGCCGAAAUUGCUGGACUGAAGACUCUACGCCUCAUCAAUGACACCACCGCCGCUGCCCUGGGAUGGGGCAUCACCAAACUGGAUCUCCCCGCUCCCGAGGAACCACCGCGCCGGGUGUGUUUUAUUGACAUUGGCCACACAAACUACACCUGCUCCAUCGUUGAAUUCAACAAGGGCGAGCUUGCGGUCAAGGCUACUGCCUGGGACCACACCUUUGGCGGUCGUGACUUUGACAAGGCUCUUGUCGAUCAUUUGGCCAAGGAGUUCAAGGGCAGGUACAAGGUCGACAUUUACACGCACGGGCGAGCCAUGGCCCGCACCAUCGCCGCUGCCGAGAAGACCAAGAAGAUUUUGUCUGCCAACCAGCAAGCUCCGGUCAACAUUGAAUCCCUGAUGAAUGACGUGGACGUGUCCGCCAUGAUCAGCCGCCAGGAAUUCGAGGCCAUGAUUGAGCCCCUCUUGAACCGCACCCAACAGCCUUUGGAAGAGGUCCUCGCACAGGCCAAGCUUACCAAGGAGGACAUUGACAUCAUCGAAAUCGUCGGUGGCGGCUCCCGCGUCCCAGCUCUGAAGGAGCGCAUCCAGGCCUUUUUUGGGAAGCCUCUUUCUUACACCAUGAAUGCCGAUGAAGCCGUUGCUCGUGGAUGCGCCUUCAGCUGCGCAAUCCUGUCCCCCGUUUUCCGGGUUCGCGACUUUUCUGUUCAGGACAUUAUCAGUUACCCCAUUGAGUUCGCCUGGGAGAAGGCCGCCGAUAUCCCCGAUGAGGACACCAGCCUCACCGUCUUCAACAAGGGCAACGUUCUUCCUUCGACCAAGAUUCUGACAUUUUACCGUAAACAGCCGUUCGAUCUGGAGGCUCGGUAUGCCAGGCCUGAGGAACUACCUGGCAAGCAGAAUCCUUGGAUUGGCCGGUUCUCCGUCAAAGGCGUCAAAGCUGAGGGCAAGGACGAGUUUAUGAUUUGCAAGCUCAAGGCUCGCGUCAACAUCCAUGGUGUGCUCAACGUCGAGAAUGGUUACUAUGUUGAGGAUCAAGAAGUUGAAGAGGAGGUCAAGGAAGACGAAAGAGAGGAUGGGGAGAAGAAAGACGGCGAUGCUAUGGAUACCGAUAAGAAGGAGGAUGCUCCCAAGAAGACACGAAAAGUCAAGAAGCAGGUUCGAAAAGGCGAUCUGCCCAUCUCCAGCGGCACUUCUUCUCUCGAUGCCGCCCAGAAGAAUAGCCUGGGUGAAAAGGAAGCUGCCAUGGUCAUGGAGGACAAACUUGUCGCAGAUACCGAGGAGAAGAAGAACGAGCUGGAGACGUACAUUUAUGAUCUCCGUUCCAAGCUGGAUGACCAGUAUGCCGAACUUGCGACCGAGGAGGAGAAGGCGUCCAUCAAGGCCAAGUUGGAAGCCGCAGAGGACUGGUUGUAUGACGAAGGCGACGAUGCCUCCAAGGGCGUUUACAUUGCCAAGCUAGAUGAACUGAGGGCCUUGGCCGGUCCCAUCGUCCAGCGUCACUUUGAGAAGGUCGAGGGCGAGCGACGUGCCGUGCAAGAGCGCGUCGAGGCGGAGCAAGCUGCCAAAAGAGCCGCUGAGGAAGAGGCUCGCAAGGCUGCUGAAGCCGAAAAGGCGACGCAACAAGACGGCGGCGAUCAGGAGAUGAAGGAUGCGGAAGCUCCUCAGCCCGAGGUUGAGGAGGCUUCUUAG